AUGCCUAGCAAAUAUUUUCUAAGUCCGCCGGAGGAUCUGCAUUCGCUAACGGCUAAGAACCGAAAUAAGCCAAUAUAUCCAGACUUUGAUCCCUGGAGACACACACCAAUUGAGGACAAAAUAUUCCUGAACUUUGUUUCCAAAGGCUACUACAACACCGCAAAGGUCAAUUUCGAAAGUAUCUCGUCCAGAUCUUCUUUGCAAGAAUCGCUACCGGCCGUCUCUGGCUUAUUAGCAGAUCAGCUUUCGGAAGUUGUGAAGAUUAGAGAAGAACAAGUCAACAGGGUUCCAAGUAAAACACGGGAUUUGAAUGGCAUCAAUAGUUCUGGAAGUAAGCUCAGCGGUCCCGGCUUCGCGCUGCCGAAAAGGGUGACACUUACAGAUCACAAACGUGAACUCUGGCUCCAGGAAAUUAGCUCCACCAACAAGCCACUCGCAGAGGCGGUCAAGACGAUACCGCAUGGUCUCAAAAGACGCCAUCUUUUGGAACAAUGCUAUCAAAAGCAGGUACCCAUUGCUCGUGCGGUUUGGUUGAUCAAAUGCUGCUAUACCUUGGAGUGGAAAAUAUCCACUGGCAAGCAAAACUCUCAGUUGAACGAUGAAAAGUCUGUGAAACUUCUACAGGAAUGGUCAGAAGCAAUGGCCCACAUUUUGGAACGACUGGUUUUCGAAAUGACACAAUAUUACAACGAACCUUCAAAACUGAAGAAAUGGAGAAAACGAAUAGCAUACUUUUUGAAGUUACUCGGAAGCUGUUACUCACUUGAAUUGAUUGAUCGCGCAACAUUUCACCACUGGCUGGUAGAUUUCGUCGGUAGAGUCGAGAAUUUCGAAUGUUUGCCGAUGACAUUGCAUAUCCUCUCUGUCUUCUGGAGCGGAGUAUUUUCGGAGCAUGAAAUCUCGCAAGACCCUCAACAACAGUUCCUUAUAAACAAGAUGACCGAGACUUUGAUUUACAAAUACUAUAUGGUGUCAAGAAGUAAAUCGAUGAUUAAUGACGAGCAGUACCUCAUCAACGAUAUUAAGAAAAACGACAAGCUUUCGAAGGCUAUAUCUGGUACAUUGAAAGCGUUCAUAAUUGAGAUUUUUCACAAACAGUCUCUGGAGGCUUUUGUAUUCACCGGUAGCAAUUGGGAAAUUUACAAGAAAUGCCUUUAUGAAGUGUUGGACAUGGACAAACCAGCGAAGGAACAAUCGCCUGAUUCAAAGACUUCUAAAAAGCUGGAGUUGAUCGUUUAUCGCAACGACUCCUUGAAAUUCAAUACUAUUCUACAUGCAGUAGAAGAAAGAGAUUGUGAUCAGAGCGACGCGCCAAACACAGAUUUAGAGAGCAUUUUCAAGCCUAACGAAGUCUUAAAGUUAAGACACAUCGACUAUAGUCUCACCAAGUUGCUGGACGAAAACAGUUCAGGCGAUCACUGGGUCAGUUGUGUUGCUCAAAAAGUGAACAGGAUAGAUCAAAUUAUCCAAAUGAUCCUGUGGGCAAUAAAUCCCUCCCGAUAUCACCAUUAUGAAGCACCACAUCUUGUUGCGAAGAUAUUUCUAAUCCAAAUUAACUUCAAAAACACACUACUGGAAUAUGGGUUAGAGGAUAAAAUAUGGUCUCUUAUUUUCAUGUUCGCGAGAUUGAGAAGUGAAGACUUGAAGGCAGUUGUCAGUCUUCCCAGAAUCCACCAGCUUUUGAACGUUUUUAUCGGUUACGGGAUCAUCAAAGUCCCCACGUAUAUUCGAAAGCUCAUAAGCUCAGGGGUUCUCUAUUUGCCUCAUUCAGAAGAUAAGUUCUUCCACUGUGAGCUACUGAUCAAUUUGAAAAUCUCGCCUGUUAUGAAAAGCCAAUACAAUAUGGUACUACGGAAUGUCAUAGAUGCCAAUCGUUUGUAUUACGAGCGCUUCAAUUAUGACAAACUAACUGAACUGUUAGAGACUUCGAAAGAAUCACUGUUAGCUGGUCGGUUUGAUAGCAUGAAAGCUCUACCCUACAGUGUAAGGCUCAUGACGUCAGAAUGGUAUUUGAAUUUGAUCUGUUCGCCAAAGGAUGGCGUCCUGACUCCCGUUACGAAAAAGGAUGUGGUCGAAAAGCUGAACGUAUUCUGCGUUAAGCUCGAUGUUUGUCAUCAAUUUUACAAAUGGAUCGAAUUUAUUAUCUACCAUCAGUUACUCAAAGACCUAGAAUCAUUGGAAUGCCUUACAGACAUUUUAAUCUACUAUGAAAAGCUCUUCUGCUUGUUAAUCAAUGAUCAUGCCUUAUUGAUGAAGACAAUCCUUCAUUUAUAUUUUGACAAAUUGAUUCCUGAAAGCCCACCGAGUCAAAACCUUAUUCUUCUGGGAGAUUUUUGGACGUUUUUUCUAGUCCGAUUUCCUCAAGUUUUGGAACUAGAUCCUGAUCUUCAAACAAGGCUCACAGAGGCGAAGGAGUUUGAAAAAUCGAAAAUUGAGAAGGCUGCUAAACCAAGUUCUUGGGAAAGCCCACAAGCCGAGGACCGCUCUGAUGACGGCUUUGGAUUCGCCGCCGAGGAGUUCAACUUUCCCAGUAUUUUUCAACCUAAUCUGAAAGCCAUUCUUUCUGCCGAGACAGAUACAGAUCUUCAGUUGCGAAGGAAUAAUUUAAGAACACUGAUGGCUGUAAAUUUGAAUGAGUACAACAAGUUCAUGUCCAUUUAUCUCAAAAGAAAGGUCGCUACCAAUAUCGAAUUGGCUAAGUUGAUUUCGCUAAAAGUUCUUUCCUUGAAUUCCAUCGGAAAAGUACUUGGUAACCACUUUUUAGUGGAUCUACUACAAACGUCAUUUUACGCACACGGUGUUGGGUUUGAACUACAGAAACGAAAGUUCAAAAAGCAUAACCUGCGGCUUGUUUUGAAAACAUACUGUGAAGCUCUUAGCGAGCAUUACGAAGAGCUUUUAGACAGCCUCGCGGAAUAUUGCUCAUCAAGGACAGUAGAAGAAUAUGUGAUCAAAAUAUUUUCCCAGAUUGAACGUGAAGGAAGAUACUCUAUCCAUACAUUUGCCAGUGACUUGCUCAACGUUGGGGUGAAGUGCUUCGAGGCAAGGGACCCCUCCAGUAGCAAUGGGUUUGAAACCAAAGAUAUCGAUUUAGGCAACAACAGUGAUGUCACAGAGGAUGAACUGGAACUUACGGACUUAUUUCCAAGACUUGAUUUCUCCAAUAUUUGGAUAUUCCAAGCGUUGACAUGCCAUCACUUACAAAAUGAGUCAGGCCAGGGAUGCUGCGCGCAGGAUCUACGCAGGUUCAUCUUGGAGAGUAUAGAAAUGACCAACUAUGAUAUUGCCGCCUCCAAGCUUUUUGAUAAGAUCACUGACGCAAACACUCUACAAAAGACCCUGCAAGUUCUUGAAGUGAGUUUUUUGAAAGAUGGACCGAACGAAGACCCUAAGGACCUUUCUCAAUAUCAUGUUACUGUCGAAAGCAUUGUAAGCAUUUCCAGGAGGCUUAACAAGGCAUUGAAUGGCGCUGUACCGAUCAGUGAGGAAGCUUUCGAUCUUCUUAAGCUUUGCUGUCAGGAAUUUGCGACUAAAACCUCGGAAGACCUAAGGCUUCUUGAGUGUAGGCUAGACAUUAUCCUCAAGAUACUCAUUGUUCACCAAAAGUUCAUUUUCAAAGAGCGGCUUCAAAAAAAACUACCACUGCUGAAUGAUAGCUACAUUUUCCUGAGAACUCUGUGCCUUCUUUUUCACAAGAUUGACUUCAGCUUAAAAUUGAAGUUGUUGCUGUACGACCUGCUAGCUUCCUUGAAGGCAUUAGUAGUUUACUCCCCACCGGGAAAAGCUAGCCCGUAUAGUGACCAGUUAAGCUCCUAUGUGCCGCAGGAACUGGUAGAUUUACCUCCGUUCCAAAUCUCAUCGUUUUUAACUGACGAGAAAGCAGAUGAUGCCGAGGAAUUUAUCGAGCUUGGAUUAGAAGAAUGCGACUCAACAAAGAGCGUUACUAAACCGUGCUUUUUCAUUUUCAAUCGAAAGAUGAGAGCGUUUGACACAAAACUUAUUCUGAGACCAUAUCACUCAUUGGGUACCUUUCAAGAGGGCGAAACAGAAUUCAACAAUACUCCUCUGAACUUGUGCCUUUUCAAUACGGUAUUUGACCGUCGAAAUCCUACUUGA